CCCUCACAAUCCUUCCCCAUUUCCCUCCCAAUUCAGAAACCCACUAAACACAUUCCCUCACAAACCCGAUUACUUCACAAACUCCAUUCCCGGCCGCACACCAUACCGCAGCGAUUGCCGCCUGCACACCGGAGUGUUUGCCGCCUGCACGCCGGAGUUUCAGCCGCCUUCUGCACACUGGUGCUGCCGCUACGCUGCAGCGUUGAACCCUUCAGCCACAACUCAAAUAACCCACGACAGCCUUUGCUACAUGGACCAUAAUUCUAUGAAAAUGAAUAUUUUUUCUUCAAGAGAAAAAGUUUCUGGAUGUUCUGGUGACCAAAUUCCACUACAUAGUGAUCCUGGAAGGAACACUUUAGAGAUGUCAAAUCAAAAGUGUGCUGAAUGUAAUGAUAUAGGUAAUGCUUUAAAGCUCUCUGUUGCCGCAUCAGAAGCUUUAGUCAUACAUGAAAUAGUUGCAGACGGGUUGCCUUCAGCAAUACUGGAAGUUGCGCUUCAAGUGAUGAAAGCUCGAUUAAAUGGAAAUAAAGAUUCUCCAUGUUGCUGUAAAGAUUUUGAUGAAAUUGCUGAAAUACUAUCAGAUUUAGCUAACUCUGACAUGGAGGAUGCAUAUAAUGAUGUUGGUUUGUGUAUUAGUAGUUUGGCUAAUAUUUCUUUUCGGGAAACAUCUAUAUCUCGAGUUCAGGAGACUCCAAUGCCACAAAACCUUGGAAGGGAAUAUGAAUUGCUGGGGGACCAGGAGAUCAACUUGAAUAAUAAUUUUCUAACGGAACUUCAACAGAACAACUUCGAAACUAAUAUACUAAAGGACCUUUCUGAUCAUGAGAAGCAAGAAAAUGUGCUUGAAAACCCACCUUCUGAUAAUCAAUUGCAGAUUAUUAAUUUGGAUUGCCAGCAAACAUUACAGGAAGAAAAUAAUGGCAUGUCCUCUGUAGAUGGCUUACCUUAUGAACUAGAAGUAAACCCUUCACCUCAAUCUCAUCAUAUAAGAAAAGUAAGAUUAGAUUCUACAUCUACAAGGCAUUCAAAUUAUGUAGACAUCAAUAAGGUGAUCAAUAGUUCACACAGAUUUAAGAGUCGCUGGUUUGGUGGUUGGACAGGAAUGUUUUCCCCUGGGUCUCCUUCAACUUAUUCUCAGGAGAGCAUUGAUCAAGUUCGAGAUUUAUGGAUUUCUUACAUUGUCAAACAUAGGCAACAAAAAUUGGAGAAGGAAGCAGAUGAUUUGGAUGAUGUGUUAUAAGGUUAUAUCGAUGGAAAUUAUUAAAGAUUAGAAUUCAUGAAGAAUUUUGAUGACAUUUGACUU